CCUCAGCUGGACCCCUGUCUGUACGAACAGACCUCCGACGGACCGGAGUUCCUGCACUGCGCCGUGUUCGGAGACCCCCACGUCCGUACCUUCAGCGACGACUUCCAGACCUGCCAGGUGCAGGGGGCCUAUCACCAAGGUGAGGCUCUUCUGAGGCCUGAUAUUAGCAUCAUCUUUAAGAGCUGGCGUCAGUGUGUGGACCAGCAGCUGUACCAGGCCGAGCUCGAUAACGUUCCCGCCGCCUUCGCCGACGGCUCUGUGUGGAGCGGCGAGCGGGGGGGGGGUCUGCGGGGUGGGGGGCGCCCCAGCCUCACGGUGAGUUCCCGGCUCCCCGGGCGGCACGCUGAGAUCCGGGCGGAGCACAUCGACUCCCUGCUGGUGGUGCGGCAGAGCGGCCGCUCGCUGGGCGUGUCGCUGCGCUCGCCGCGUGGCGUGGCCUUCGCCUUCGGGCCGGAUCAGGACCUCCAGCUGUGCGUAGGGGGGUGCCCUUCCUCCCAGAGGCUCGCCGCGCCGCGCCCCCCCCACCCUGUGCCGCCCGCCGCUGCCCAAGCACACUGCAGCGAGCUGCUUCCUGUCAGAGACAUUUACUUCCACGCCUGCGUGUUUGACCUGCUCUCCGGCAGAGACUUGAACUCCAGCGCGGCGGCGGCAGUCGGCGCGCUGCUGGACGCCGCCGCCAUGAUGCCCGACCCUGGGAGGCUGCACCUGCUGAGGAGCGCCGCCACGCACACACCCCCCCCCACUCUGAUGCUGCUGCUGCUGCUCGGCAUGCUAGGAACUCUGAGCACAACGCUGGGUCACAUGUGA